UCCCAAAUCAGACUGCCUGCUCCUGUGAUCUUACGGACACCUGAUUAAACAAGGCGAAAUUUACUUCUGUGAGUUCAACUUGCAUAGAAUGAAGUUGUCCAAUAUUUACAAAAUGUCAGAUUCUGGGAGACAAUAAGAUGCUUCACGCAACCAGAAUCACCUGUAACUUCCUUGCAAGGAGUCGUAAAUCCUUCAUAAAAUGUCUAUCAGUGAUAAAAUAAGUCAACUAAUGAACAGAAUACCUGGAAGGCAGCGGUUUGGUAUAUACAGAUUCCUUCCUUUCUUCUUUGUUCUUGGUGGUGCUAUGGAAUGGUUUAUGAUUAAUGUUCGAAUUGCUGAUCAGACUUUUUAUGAUGUUUAUCGUAGAAAGCAGGCUGAGAAAUAUUACCAGAAGUUGGAAGAAAAAUGAAUUCAACACUGAAUUAUCUGUACAUAAUGGGUUCUAAACUUCUAAAUGAAACUAAGUUUCAGAGUUUGCUUAAAAUAAAUUAGAUUGACUGCACUUUGUUCAGUGAAAUGUAUUUUUGCUACUCUACCUUGCUUGAAGUAUUAAAAAAAAACAGAAUUACUGUA